UUAAAAGUUUCCGAAGUCAUUCCGGGAGCGGGAGCCCCUCUUGCUCGCCGCGGAGGCCUCGCUGGAGGAGGAGGGCCAGAGCUCGGGGGCAGCCAAUCGCGAGCAACGCUGCUAGUUAUCAGAGCAGAAUGGGCUGUAGUUUAGUGAAAUAGGAAAGCUGCACAACACCGUGGAGUGCUCCCGUGUAAAUAAAAAGGGGGAAAAGUUUCUCAAGUCGCCGCUGCACGACGUCGGGCCGGCGCCGGGCGGGGGUCUGCGCUCUCCGGGGACGGCCGUGCGCUGGGCUGGACUGUGCCGCACAAGCCCCGUCCCCAUUGUUUGUGCUUCUUUCAAAAUAUGGCAAAGGUUCAGGUGAACAAUGUAGUGGUGCUGGACAACCCGUCUCCCUUCUACAACCCCUUCCAGUUCGAGAUCACCUUCGAGUGCAUCGAGGACCUGUCUGAAGACCUGGAAUGGAAAAUUAUCUAUGUGGGCUCUGCAGAAAGUGAAGAAUACGAUCAAGUUUUAGACUCUGUUUUAGUGGGCCCUGUUCCUGCGGGAAGGCAUAUGUUUGUAUUUCAGGCUGAUGCACCUAAUCCAGGACUCAUUCCAGAUGCAGAUGCCGUAGGUGUAACAGUUGUGCUAAUUACAUGCACCUAUCGAGGUCAAGAAUUUAUUAGAGUUGGCUAUUAUGUAAAUAAUGAAUAUACCGAGAUAGAAUUAAGGGAAAAUCCACCAGUAAAACCAGACUUUUCUAAGCUUCAAAGGAACAUUUUGGCAUCUAAUCCCAGAGUCACAAGAUUCCACAUUAACUGGGAAGAUAACACAGAAAAACUGGAAGAUGCAGAGAGCAGUAAUCCAAAUCUACAGUCACUUCUUUCAACAGAUGCAUUACCUUCAGCAUCAAAGGGAUGGUCCACGUCAGAAAACUCACUAAAUGUUAUGUUAGAAUCCCACAUGGACUGCAUGUGACCACCUCCCAUCUCUUUAGUACAAAUUAAGCUAUUAAAACACAGAACUAUUUCCCUGAAAUUCUGUAAGUCAUACCCACUAAGAUACAAUGUGAAGAAUUUGUUUAAAAACCAUCCUGUAGAAAGUUUAUAAGAAAACCAGUAUUUGAGCAAAUUGUGGAAUAUAAAUACAACUAUUUUUAAGUAAUUUUUCUCUAAUGUGUUAUUUUAUUUGUUCUGAAACUAAUCUGAUUAAAUCAUAUAUAUUAUUUUCUUUAUAUGUAAUUAAAGCACUUAUAAAGAAAUAUGAAUCACUGGACCAGGUUGUAAAGAUGUCUUAGCCUCUUGGACAAUAAUCUGUGGACCACUAUUUUACUGACCUUCAAAAGAACAAAGUUCACUUCAACUAAAAUGUUUCUUCCUGUAAUAACAUAGUUUGGUUUAAUUUAAGGAGUGAAUUUCCAUUAUUUUUUGGCAUAUCCUUAAAGAAGGGAUUUGAAAUCAAUUAUAUGCUACCAAGAACUUUAGAAUCUGAAUUUCCAGGCCAUCUUGAAGCCUUCUAUGGCUACUAUUGUAGUUCAUGUAAUGUUAGAUAGCAUUCAUUUUGUUUUCUAAGAUAAUAACAAGUGUGGUUAAUUCUU